GAUGGACUUGACAGAAGAACAAAUUGCGGAAUUUAAAGAAGCUUUUUCUUUAUUCGAUAAAGACGGCGAUGGUUGUAUAACAACGAGAGAGCUUGGAACUGUCAUGAGAUCUCUGGGUCAGAUACCGAGUGAAACCCAACUAGAAAAGAUGAUAAAUGAGAUUGACUCCGACGGCAAUGGUAUAAUCGACUUUCCCGAAUUUUUGAUGAUGAUGGCUAAGAAGGUGAAGGACACGCCGAGUGAAGAAGAAAUGAGAGCUGCCUUUAAAGUAUUUGAUCGAGAUGGUAAUGGGUUAAUUUCAGCUUCUGAGCUACGUUACGUUAUGGCUAAUCUUGGUGAAAAAAUGACUGACGAAGAGGUUGAUGAAAUGAUUCGCGAGACUGAUUUAGACGGUGACGGUUUCGUUAAUUAUCAAGAGUUUGUUGCCAUGAUGUAUCCUUCCUAA